GCUAGUGUGCUGGUAGAUAGAUCGAGUGCAUGCACGAAACUCUCCCGUCCUCUCCUCUUUCUUCCCCAACUUGUGUCCAGCAGCAAUGUGAAAUCGUGAAAUCGCCCAUCCCCACCUUGAUUCAUACCACGACCCUCAACACGCCUAUGAACCGUGGUUAGCCACUCAGGCUGGAAAGACUCCUUGGCAGCAUGUCGGAUCGGAAGGCGGAAUUAGAGCGCAAGAAGGAGAAGCUCCGACAAAUCCGCGAAGAGAAAGAGCGUCGCAAACGCGAGCGUGAGCAGGCUGAGACCCGUAAUGCGGCGCUCAAGACCGUGACCGGCCAAGCCGCAUCCUCCACCGCUCACCGAGACAUCAACCAGCAGUUGGCUGAGGUGGGAAUCGCGGGCGUGGAUGCCGUGUUAGGCUCACUGUCGGCGGUCUCUUCGGAGAUUGCGCUCGCCUCUUUGGCUGAUGAGAAGAGCCGGUCAACUGAGCAGCUGGGGAGCGCGCUGGCUAGUGACACCAAUCUAGAGGCGCUGAGCGGUGGCCUGAGCAUGGGCCCGCCCGUUAGAGCGCGGCCCAAGCUCGGGCUGACCAACGUGUAUUCAACGUCGAUUAAUCCAAAGACGCAGGAAACGUAUGCCAAGCAAACGCAGACGGUCGAAUCAGGGACGGAUACGCUACAAGCGCGCCGGGGAGGCAAUCGAGAUUAUUACACGUUUGCUUUCGAUGACCCCGAAGAGUUGUAUGAGGAGGAUUCGUUACCCGGACUGGGAUCCGGAUCGCCAUCAUCGGGCUCUCCCGGGGCGUAUUUGUCAAAGCUUCCCGGAUUUAUCACCACCGGCAUGCCGGAAGUGAAGGACGUGAAGCCGGCCAUUUCCAAAGAAGAGGAGGAGAAAAAGAAGCUGGAAGAGGAGCGUCGCCGGAAGAAAGACCUGAGUGAGGAGGAGAAGCAAUUGAUCGUCAUGAGUGAGGAGUUCCACCAGUUCUUCGAUCGCACCUCCCGGAUCGUGGAGCGCGCCCUCUACGAAGAUAUCGACGUGUUCAAGGACUACACGGGGGGCUAUGAGAACCCCGAGGGCUUCGAGGACAAGGCUGGCAUGAGUGUGACCGUGAAUCGGCACUUUUACGACGACCGAUGGACCAAAAACCGCGUGGUGACCAGCAUGGAUUGGUCCACCACUUUUCCCGAGCUCUUGGUGGCCAGCUACGACAAGAACCCGGAUUCCGCCGCAGAUCCGGAUGGCGUGUGUCUCGUGUGGAAUACCCGCUUCAAAAAGGCCACUCCCGAGCACAUCUUCCACUGUCAAUCCCAGGUCAUGUCGGCCACUUUCGCUACAUUCCACCCCAACCUGAUCCUCGGGGGCACCUACUCCGGUCAGAUCGUGUUGUGGGAUAAUCGGGUGCAGAAACGCACGCCCGUUCAACGCUCACCUUUGUCGGCGGCGGCCCACACCCACCCGGUGUACUGCAUGCGGGUGGUGGGCACGCAGAACGCCCACAAUCUCAUCUCCAUCUCGACCGACGGGAAAAUGUGCUCCUGGAGCUUGGACAUGCUCUCCAUGCCCCAAGAGACGCUGGAACUGCAGCAGAAACAGAGCAAACCCGUGGCCGUGACCAGUCUCUCCUUCCCCACGGGCGAUGUGAACAACUUCAUCGUGGGCAGUGAAGAGGGAGCCGUGUACACCGCUUGUCGACACGGCAGUCGAGCCGGCAUUCUCGACGUGUUUGAUGGCCAUCAAGCCCCGGUCACCGGCCUGGAUACCCAUCCUGGACUAGGCACAGUGGACUACAGCCAUCUGUUCCUGACCUCCUCCAUGGACUGGACGGUCAAGCUCUGGAGUCUCAAGGAGAAUCGACCCCUGUAUUCAUUCGAGGACAACGGCGACUACGUCUACGAUGUGGCCUGGUCGCCGCAACAUCCCUCACUCUUUGCGGCUGUGGAUGGCACCGGAAGACUGGACUUGUGGAACCUGAACACGGACACGGAAGUGGCCACGGCCUCGAUCGUGGUGGAAGGCGCGCCCGCACUGAAUCGCGUCAGCUGGACCCAAUCCGGACUGCACGUGACCGUGGGCGAUGACACGGGCAAGAUUUGGGUGUUUGACGUGGGCGACCAAUUGGCCAUCCCGCAACCGGAUGAGUGGAACAAGUUCGCCUACACCCUGCAAGACAUCAAGAACAAUCAAAGCGAGGACGAUUUCGACCUCAAGAUGGGCUCCAUGGGCGGAUCGGCGGGUGCCAGUCUCAUGAGUGGGAUGACCAGUCUAAAUGUGGGCGGAGGCUCUGGACCCGGCAGCUUGUCCUCCCUUCCAUCGCUCUCUGGAUCGCCCAUGCGCUAGUUAUGAAUGAUGAUUGUUAAUGAAGAAACUUUGCAUAUUAUUUACCUACACACACACAUACAUAUAUAUAUAUCAUUAAUCUAUCUAUCUUUAACAACACCCCCUUCCACUGAUUGGUUGGUUGGUUGGUUGGCUGACUGACUGACUGACUGACUGACCGACUGACUGGCUACCUUUUUGUACGUCCCACGCUUUCUUUCUUACAGGAAA